AAGUGGGCAUGUCUUCUCCGAUUAUAUAUAGCUUUCUCCGAGCUCUGCUUUCCCACAUCUCAACAACUUUCAACAAUUUCUCACUAUCAUCGUCGUCCUUCAUACUCAGUGCUCAGAAACUAUCAUGUCUAGCACGGCUGGUCAAGUUAUCAAGUGCAAAGCUGCGGUGGCUUGGGAACCAGGGAAGCCACUGUCGAUCGAAGAGGUAGAGGUGGCGCCGCCGCAGGCCGGAGAAGUGCGUCUCAAGAUUCUCUUCACAGCCCUUUGCCAUACUGAUGUUUACUUUUGGGAAGCCAAGGGACAAACUCCAUUGUUUCCUCGUAUAUUUGGCCAUGAAGCCGGAGGGAUUGUGGAGAGUGUAGGAGAGGGAGUGACUCAUCUGAAACCAGGAGAUCAGGCUCUUCCAGUAUUCACAGGGGAGUGUGGAGAGUGUCCACACUGUAAAUCAGAAGAAAGCAACAUGUGUGACCUUCUAAGGAUCAACACGGACAGGGGAGUAAUGAUCAACGAUGGCAAGUCCAGAUUCUCUAAGAACGGACAACCAAUAUAUCAUUUUGUGGGGACUUCCACAUUCAGCGAGUACACUGUUGUGCAUGCUGGAUGUGUCGCUAAGAUUAACCCUGCUGCUCCUCUUGACAAAGUUUGCAUUCUUAGCUGUGGAAUCUGCACAGGAUUUGGUGCUACUGUAAAUGUUGCAAAACCAAAACCUGGUUCCUCUGUUGCCAUUUUUGGACUAGGAGCUGUUGGCCUUUCUGCUGCUGAAGGGGCAAGGGUUUCUGGGGCAUCCAGAAUUAUUGGAGUUGAUUUAGUUUCCAGCCGUUUUGAGAAAGCCAAGAAGUUUGGAGUUAAUGAGUUUGUGAACCCAAAAGACCAUGACAAACCUGUACAAGAGGUAAUAGCGGAAAUGACAAAUGGAGGUGUGGAUCGUGCGGUUGAGUGCACUGGGAGCAUCCAGGCUAUGAUCUCAGCAUUCGAAUGUGUCCACGAUGGAUGGGGUGUGGCUGUGCUGGUUGGAGUGCCGAACAAGGAUGAUUCAUUCAAGACCCAUCCAGUGAAUUUCCUGAACGAAAAGACUCUGAAAGGCACAUUCUAUGGCAAUUAUAAGCCUCGUUCUGAUCUGCCUUCUGUGGUGGAGAUGUACAUGAAAGGGGAGUUGGAUUUGGAGAAGUUCAUCACUCAUUCAGUCCCUUUAUCAGAGAUCAACAAAGCCUUUGACUACAUGCUCAAAGGAGAGUCCAUCAGGUGCAUCAUUCGCAUGGAAGACUAGAACAAUGUGAAAUAGUGUGCGGUGUCAGGAUUCAAAGUGUUAUUUGUGAUUGUGAAAAAGGAAGAAUGAAGUUUUGUAUACAGCCAAUCCUCAUCGUAUUUUAUUAAUUGUGAGUGUCAGCAUUGUGAGUGUUAUUAAUUGUUGAACGUGAUCUCUUAAUUAAUAAUAUUUCUAAAAGCUUAAUAAAUGAUAGAGCACAAUGGCGUCUUGCAAUCCAUGUAGCUGACCCCACCUAGUGGGAUAAAGGCUUGUUAUUAUUGUUGUUGUUGUUGAGUGUCACAUUGUAAUGAACUAUAGAAUGUUUGUUACUUGAAAUUAAAUUUUGGCGUCUGUGGCAUCCAACACACAUGAAUGUGAUAUGGUAGUAUUUGUUUUAUAA